AAACUUUCCGCCAAGAAAUUAGUUAAAAGCCUCUUCCUCUUCACCAGGUCUAGUCACAAUGCCUUGAGCUCUCAUCCCAAAAGAAUCUCUCUCUCUCUCUCUCUGUGUUACUUUUCCCUCAAGAAACAGAAACUCUCUCUCUGUUCAUCACCAUGUUUCAGUUUAGCCUUGACCCAUGUGCUUCCUAUCUAAGGCACGCGCUUUCAUGCUUCAUGCUGCUGGGCCCUGACCACUAUGUCGAGCUCUGCGUCACAGCAAACGACGUCACAUUGGUAGGAGCCGUAGGUGACCCUGAGGAAGGAUGCAUGCCCGAAACCCCAAACGUCGUCUUAGCCCUGCAGUUGACACCUUCCAACUUCCACACUUUUAGCUGCACUGAGAACGUCCGCCUUGGCUUGCCCUGCGGUAUGCUGUUCAGGGAACUCUUUGAUGCCAAGGGUGGUGAUUUUCUCAGUCUCUCUGGUGAUAUCAGCCGAGAUAACAUUGACUUUGAGCUCCUCAGUGUCGGAACUAUGGAAAUGAAGGUUGCUGAAAUUCCAUUGCUUUCAAGGAGGUCUGGUCAGAUAACUUUACCUCAGCUCCAAAAUGAACGUCUAGUGAUCAUUGGGAUAGCUGCGGAGCUGUUUAGGGUUCUUAUCCUCAGUUCGCGCGAUCGAUUUGGGAGUACAGUUACUGUAUACGCAAUAGGUAAGCAAGUUGUACUCCGUGGACAAGAUAAGGCGGUUGUUCUCAGGAAGGAGGAUUGUGUUAUUUGGAAUCCUGUGGCGGAUCGAGGUUUCUUGAAGUUCAGUACCGAUAAGGCUAACGCACUGCUGAAUGCUUCAAUUCUGUCAAACAUGGUGUGGUUGUCUGGCCAGUGCAAUGGUCCAUCUUGCAUGCUGAAUUUCCCUUUUGGUAGACUUGGAAGCCUCACGUUUUACUUUGAUGAAGAUAAUGCGAGCUCAGAAGGUAAUGCGGGCUCAGAAGAUGAUGUGGUUUGAUCACAAAAGAUGAAGAGAAUGGUCUUACCAUCUCUGAGUUCUUACUCAAAUCAGAUUUUAAUGAUUCAAAUUCUUUUUCUCCAUUUUCAAAAUAAUGUGAUUUGAUCUGUCUGUUGUACAAAUGAGCAAACAAAAGAUGAUGUGAGUUGUGAGAUACUUUGAUUUGUCUGUUGUACUUGGUAAAGUCUGAUCCUAUUCAUCAUAAUCCUUUGUAAA